UGGGGGAAAAUGAAGCACACGAUAUCUUUCCCAUGCUGUCACUCACUGUGAUUAAACAUAGUCUAUAGUAAGUGCCUAGCGAAAAGGAUGGGCUGUUCGUCUGAAAAUGAGAACUUCCUGGAUAGCUUCCAGGCGAUUUGUUGCCGUACAAGUCGAGCUGUCAGCACCCCCAAUUUUAUAGCACUGGGGAGGAAGACGUACUUGUAAUUCACGUGUGGAAACGGAGUAUACAACAGCUUUGGGAGUUUUUCAUGCUAUCGAUAUUUUCCCUCCACACUGGCACCGUCAUAUCUGCCUUUGACUCACUGAAGACGCAGAGCUUAACAUGAAGCGCUACAUCUUUUUACUUCUAACUUUGUCUGUCACUGUGGCUUUGGAGUACAGGAAUGACACAUGGAGUCCUCACAGGGAAAAGAGGGAGUUGUUGAGGCGCACAAAAAGAAGGUGGGUUUUGUCAACCAUUGAAAUCAUAGAAGAAGAGAAACCGCCUUACCCCAAACUUGCCACAAAACUGUUCAAUGAUCAAGAACAUGAUUACGAUCUUGUGUACUCAAUCAGUGGUCAUGGAGUUGAUGAAGACCCGCUGGGGGUUUUCACCAUUAAUUCAGAAACUGGAGAAGUCUUUGCUCACAAGCCCGUCGAUCGUGAGGAGUAUCCUAUUUUCCAUAUCAAGUUUAAUGUCCUUGACAAGAGAACUGGGAAGGUGGUUGACCGUCAACUUUCCUUUGAUGUGGAAGUAAUAGAUAUAAAUGACAAUGCUCCACUGUUUGAUGAACCUCUGAAAAAAGUAGUUAUCAAUGAAAACCAGGAAGAAGGUUUGCUGCCCAUCAGCCUGUCAGCCACUGAUCGGGAUGAGGAACAUACGGAUAAUUCUAAAAUAACAAUGAGUAUAGUUAGUCAGGAACCAGCAUACCCAAAGUUUGGGCUGACCGAAAUAAAAUUCUCACGAAAUAACCAACUGAAUUUAGUGGGCUGCUUUGAUUAUGAUAAAGUGAAGGAAUACAAAGUCCUUGUUAAAGCACAAGACCACGGAACACCAGUAUUGUCUUCAACUGGAACUGUCUUAAUCAGUAUUCAAGAUUCCAACACUCACCCGCCAGUUUUUAAAAAAGCAAAGCAUGAGGUGGAAGUGAUGGAGAUGUCCGAAAACAAAGUUCUUUUGAGAUUGGCAGUGACGGAUAAAGAUACACCAAAUACACCUGGAUGGAGGGCCAAAUAUACAAUUCUCAAGGGCAAUGAAGCUGGACACUACAUGAUCGAGACAGACCCAAAGACCAAUGAAGGAAUCCUAACAAUAAUUAAGGCAAAAGAUUUCGAGGUGACGACAAAGACCCACCUGCUAAUCGGGGUGGAGAAUGAAGAGCCCCUGUUUGUGUGUGGGUCCAAGGGUGCUGAUGUGGCCACAGGAGGACCACUGCUGCAAACCGCAGACGUAACCGUCACUGUGAUCGAUGUCAACGAUGCACCUGUGUUCACCAAGGCAGUGACUAAAAUAUAUGAAAAAGAGGAGGAGGAGCCUGGCAAGGUGCUGUACAUACCCACGGUCACCGACGUGGAUUCAGAUCCCAGUAAAAUCAGGUAUAAAAUAGCCCAGGAUUCAGCAAAGUGGAUGAACAUUGACCCAAAAACCGGGGUUGUCAAAUCUGUACAGAAGCUGGAUCGUGACUCGUCACAUGUCAACAACAGCAUUUACACUGUCGUUGUUCAUGCUGUUGAUGAUGGGAAACCACCCAUGACUGGUACUGGUACCUUGCUGAUCCACCUCAGUGACAGCAAUGACAACGCACCUUUCCUGGUGAGCAAGGAGACCUAUAUGUGCGGGAACAAGGACCAAAGUGUAGAGAUCCAAGCACAUGAUAAUGAUGAGGCUCCUUUUGGGGGGCCCUUCACGUUCUUGUUGCGGGGUGAUACGUCACUGAAGAAACAAUGGAAGCUGGACCCUUAUAUAGGAGAGAAGGCCACCCUGGUGAGCAUUAAGCCCCUGCCCUUUGGAACCUAUACAGUUCCACUCACGAUUGAGGACCAGCAGGGAAAAUCAGCAGAUGAAGACCUGCAGGUAGUGGUUUGUGACUGCGGGUCAGGCAAAGUGUGCAAGGGCCUCAAGGAAAAAUCAUCAGCGCUGGCAGGAGCGGCCAUCGCAACUCUGUUUGCAGGCAUUCUGGCAUUCCUGCUUCUUUUGUGCCUGUGUCUGAUUUGUCAGUGCAAAGGAGAGCAACACAAACCCGUGUACCUCCAGGAAGACGGAAACCAAACACUGAUCAAAUAUAAUGAAGAGGGUGGCAGCUCCGCAUAUAAGGCUGUUCCCCCACAUGUCGUGUCUCCCAUAAGCAGCUAUGUGGCCGCAGAUGCAGUGAAGCAAGCCAGCAUACCGCUCACCCAGAUGUCCCCUGGUUUCCAGCACAGUGAGGCCAAUGGGACGCUGAGAAACCAAGGCAUGGGAAUGCGGAUGGACAUGGACAUGGACAUGGGCGCAUAUGAUCUUGGCAUGGAGGGUAUGGAGGCACAGUGGAAUACCAGAAGUACCAAAAUCAGCCAAACCCGAUCACAAAAACUGAUGUCAAGCACGAAAGUCUCAGAACUGAUUGAAAGGAGGCUUGGCGAUCAGAAGGAGGAUCAGCUGGAUUUCCCUGGAUACCACCCCCAGUUGUAUGCCUAUGAGGGGACAGGCAGUAGAUGCCAGUCCCUGGAUCAGCUGUCGCUAAGCAACCGUGGGGAUGAACUGGAUUUCCUGCAACACCUGGGCCCUAAGUUCAACACACUGGAUGGAAUUUGCCGCCAGGCAAUUGAGGAGAAAAAAUUGAAGCUGUAAAGAAAGGUGAAAAAAAGAGCAUGGCUUAAUUUAUCCCCUUCAUUGUGUCAUGCGGUAAGAGCUCGUUGAAAGAGGGAAAUAAUCUGCUGGGAUUUCUGAAGAUGAUGCUAUGUGUGGUGAAUGGUUGUCCAAUGUCCUUAAAACCUAAAAGUCUGAUUCAAGACUGGUUCUCAAGAGCUCCAAAAGACAAUAAAUGACAUGCACUAAAGAUGCCUACCAUCCUUUUGAGCACUGCUAAAGAAAAUAGUUAUACGUUAACCUUUUGCUCAUGUUUUUUUAAAUAUGCUCAAUGAAUAACUGUAAUGGAAUAUAUGGUGCAUAACUUUUCUGAAUCAUAAAGAUAUUUCUGUGUAACUGGCAGCCUCA